GUGCAGGCAAAACACCGACUUUAGGAGGAGGAUUCCACGCUAAUCUGGGAAAGGAGUCACGAGCACAGACUCUACAGAACGGGAAACGUCAGAUUCACCACUUGGGAAACCAGCUUCAACUCAAUCAACAUUGUCUGGAUACCGCCUUUAAUUUUUUCAAGAUGGCUGUGAGCAAGCACCUAACACGAGGGAGAAAGAUGACCCACGUAAUUGCUGCAUGUCUCUACCUGGUGUGUAGGACAGAAGGAACUCCUCACAUGUUACUUGACCUCAGUGACCUUCUUCAGGUGAAUGUCUAUGUGCUGGGAAAAACUUUCCUUCUGUUGGCCAGAGAACUCUGCAUAAAUGCUCCAGCCAUAGAUCCGUGUUUAUAUAUUCCUCGUUUUGCACACAUGCUUGAGUUUGGGGAUAAGAACCAUGAGGUGUCCAUGACGGCUCUCAGGCUGUUGCAGAGAAUGAAGCGGGACUGGAUGCACACUGGCCGCCGGCCCUCUGGGCUCUGCGGAGCAGCUCUGCUAGUGGCAGCAAGAAUGCAUGAUUUCCGACGUACUGUUAAAGAGGUCAUCAGGGUGGUCAAGGUUUGUGAGUCUACAUUAAGGAAAAGGUUGACAGAGUUUGAAGAUACACCAACAAGUCAGCUAACCAUAGAUGAGUUUAUGAAGAUUGACUUGGAAGAAGAAUGUGAUCCUCCUUCGUUUACAGCUGGUCAAAAAAAAUUGAAGAUACAGCAGCUUGAGAAGGCAUUAUCAAAAAAGCUGGAGGAUUUUGAAGGUGAAAUAUCGAGCUAUCAAGAUGAAAUAGAGAUUGAAUUAGAAAACAGUAGACCAAAAGCAAAAGGCGUAUUUGCAAAUUUCACUAAAGACGAUUCUAUAGAAGAUAAUACCUCUAGUGUACUUGGAGAGGAGGAGGCAGAAGAUGAGGAACUGGAAGCAGCUGCUAAUCACUUAAACAAGGACUUUUAUAAUGAACUUCAUGAGAAGGAUAGAGUAAAAAAAAAUGAAGAUGGGCAAUGCAAAAAUGGAAAUGAAGCUCUUGUAAGACCACCUGCACUGGAAUCCUUGCUUGGUCCGCUCCCCACUGCAGCUAGUCUUGGCAUAACAGAGUCCAUAAAAGAGUGCAUAUCCACUAAGGACCAAGAGCCUGGUGAGAACACGGGAGACGGUGAAUUAGACCUGAGUGGGAUCGACGACAGUGAAAUAGAUCGGUAUAUACUUAACGAAACAGAAGCUCAGAUAAAAGCAGAGCUGUGGAUGAAAGAGAAUGCAGAUUAUUUGAAGGAACAAAAAGAAAAGGAAGCAAGAAUAGCGAAAGAGAAAGAACUUGGGAUUUAUAAGGAACACAAGCCAAAGAAAUCUGCAAAGAAGCGGGAGCCAAUUCAAGCCAGCACAGCAGGAGAGGCAAUUGAAAAGAUGUUAGAACAGAAGAAAAUCUCAAGUAAAAUUAAUUAUAAUGUGCUAAGGGACCUGAACAGCAAAGGAAGUAACACACCAAAGAAAGAGGAUGACAGCACUGAUGACAGCACCAACACCAAGAAGCUGUCAAGAAGAAAAUCUAUUGCCAGUAGGAAUAUAGCCAACCCUGUAAACAGUGUGGGAAAAAGAUUAAGACCCUUGAUUUCAACGCAGCUUGCUAAAAAGGCUGCCACUGAAGAGGUGACCUUUCCAGAUGCACAAGCAGAAGCCCCUGACUUAGAAAAACCAGCAGCUGUGCUAGUGGAGAGUGGCCCAGUAGCUUACAACCCUGAAGAAGAGGUGGAAGAGGAAGAAAUAGAAGAAGAUGAUGAUCACUGCAUGAGCGCCUUGCAGUUAAUGGGAGGAAACGAUUAUGGCUGUGAUAUGGAUGAUGAUGAUGGCUAUUAG